AUGGUCGAUACUUGCGGAAUCAUUUGUGAACCACCUACACCAUCAUUUAUUCAGCAUAAGUGUGAAGCAAGCGGUGGUGACUUCGAUAUUGAAUGGGAAUCGAUUGAAUCUAAACCACCCAUACCUGCUUACGUAUUAGAACUUGGGCAAAACCAUACCAAUUUCAACGAAGUCUAUCGUGGCUUGGAAACAAAAUAUCGUCAUCAAUAUUUGGAACCAAGCACAUCUUAUACAUUGCGUUUACGUGCAUGUCAGGGAAAUGCAGUUGGAAAUGUUGCUCAUUUGGAGAUGACAACAUUAAGUGUUGGUUAG